GUCUUCUAUGCUCUUUGUGGGCAGGAGUAUUUAUUCCUUGAGAAGUUGCAGGACUGGCCGGCGAUAGCUUAUAUAAAGGAACAUCGAGAGCACAUGUGCUAUAGCUAUAUAGGGCUACUUACUGUGCAGAACUGGUACUUGCAGGAAAAGGACAACUGCUUACACCUUAACGUUUCUGCGACUUUCAUUUCAGGUUUUAUUUCAUUGGAUCAUUUUCCUAGGUUUUUUGACGUUGAACCGAUUUUUUUUUAUUACAGAGGAUUACGGUCCGGAUCCCUAACCUAGCAGGUGUAUAAAUCACUUUAGAAAGGGCAUGAAGAACUUGAUAAACGUUAAUUAAAAUUUUCACCUUGUACUGUAUAACUGUAGAAUUUUUAAAGCUAAUUGAACAAACCGGUCUUCAUACUUUGAAGACAUAUUCUGUAAUAUUCUUAUAGAUUGUAGAAUUAAUACCGAUGUCUACAGGAAUUGGGACAUUUUCUUUUACUGAUGCAAUUCUUUAUUUUUCACUACCUGUCACAAGGUAAUUGAAGUUGACUCUACCUGUGAACUUUCUUCGGAAGAAAAGUAACUUUUUCUAAAAUUCCUUGCCUCCCGCGCCCCAUAAAAUGGAUUCGUUUCGAGUUUCAGUCAACGGUGUAGUGUACACAGAAGCUGCAGAAAUAUUGAAACCCGGAGAUCCUUUCUCCGGUCCGAUUGAAAACAUCGCUCCCUGGAACUUCAAAUUUCUGGCUGCGUUAAUGUUCAUUGUAACGUCUUUGUCCCUGUCUGAAAACUUUACAGUGAUGCUUGUUACCUUUAGGUUCAAGCAGCUGAGACAACCUCUGAAUUAUAUUAUUGUUAAUCUCUCUGUAGCGGAUUUUUUGGUAUCGCUAAUCGGCGGGACGAUAAGUUUUCUAACUAACGCUAAAGGUUACUUUUUCAUGGGACCAUGGGCUUGUGUUCUUGAAGGAUUCGCAGUUACAUUUUUUGGAAUCGUUGCUCUGUGGUCAUUGGCUGUUCUGGCCUUUGAGCGCUUUUUUGUGAUCUGCCGUCCUCUGGGGAAUAUCCGGUUACGGGGGAAGCAUGCUGCUUUAGGACUGGUGUUUGUGUGGACCUUCUCUUUCAUCUGGACCAUCCCACCAGCACUGGGAUGGAGCAGCUACACUGUCAGCAAAAUUGGUACCACUUGUGAGCCAAACUGGUAUUCAGGGGAUUACUAUGACCAUACAUACAUCAUCACUUUCUUCACAACCUGUUUCAUACUACCGUUGGGUGUAAUAAUUGUGUCAUAUGGAAAGCUUAUGAGAAAGCUGAGGAAGGUAUCUGAUACUCAAGGUAGGCUGGGAAGUACCAGGAAACCAGAAAGACAAGUCACACGCAUGGUCAUUGUCAUGAUCCUGGCAUUCCUGAUCUGCUGGACCCCUUACGCAGCCUUUUCAAUUGUUGUGACCAUCUGCCCCACAAUUCACCUGGAUCCACGUCUAGCAGCAGUGCCAGCCUUUUUCUCCAAAACUGCUACGGUUUACAACCCCAUCAUAUAUGUGUUUAUGAAUAAACAGUUUAGGAAGUGUUUAAUUCAGCUGUUUAACUGUAAUGGAUCAGCAAUGGAUAUGAACCUUAACCAGACUACUGACAGGGGGCCGAUGACUGCUGAAAGCAAUGAAGGGGAGAUGUCUGCCAUAGCUGCUCACAUCACCAUUUCGAACAACAUCACUGAGAAAGCUGAAGAGGAGCAAAGCCAGCAAAGUUCCUUUGCUCAGCUUCCCAUUCCUGAAAACAAAGUCUGUCCCAUGUAAAAGAUCCGCUGUCUGGCCUUCUUCUUUUAGCCCUUUGUUAACCAAGACGAUGUUUUUCCACAGUGGUCAAAUUUGAAAUUGCUGACUGUUUAUUAAUGACAUGAAGUAGACAAGAGCUUAUUACAAUGUUUCAUUCAAAUAAUGCGGUGGGUGAUUUCAGGGAAUGGAAGUGAUGUAUAUGUAUAUAAUAUUAUAAUAAAAGAUCAGUUUUUUUUAAAUGGAAGACUAUAAGUAAAUGGCAAUAAACACAUGCAGCAAAAGAAACUGAAAUUUCUACCUUCCAGCUUUCCAUAUGAAGGAACUAUGUUGUCAAGUAACAUUUUUGUAUCAUGUUCCAGCUUUACUUUACUGCAGAUAAGUUCAGUGAUGACCAAAGCUGUGCAUUCAUUUUCUUUUGUGAUUGGUCUUAAGUCUUGGAAAACAAAGUACUUAAACAGUAGGACCCAAACACUGCACAAAAAUGAGGUCUUAGCUGAAAGUAAGGCCUUUCCAUUUGUAAGUUAUAAACACAAGUUUAUACAUUUGUUCUUGUGAAACUCUAUCAUCUACAAAAGAAAGGUGGUGGUUCUUCAAAAUGAACCUCUAACUUGUGUUUUGUCAUUAUUGUUAAUGAUUUCCUUACCAUCUGCAUUAUUAUAUAAACCUUCUUUUUAAAAUAACUGCAUGUGUUGCCAAUCGAGCAAUUUUAGCAUUUGACUGUAAAAGUACAGUCAUUACGCAGAGAGAACAUUACUUAAAAGUGACAGCUCUUGAUGCAGUGUGGUAGAACAAAGCUUGUAACGGAUAGUAAUGAAUCUAUACCCAAAGCUUUAUCCCAUGACUUCAAAAUAUUCAUAUUCAAAUAAUCUUGCAUACAUGAACAAAAUUGGAAAUAACGUACUUGACUUUAUGUGACGCGUUUUAGAAAAGCUCCAUACUGUAUAUAUUCAACUAUAUGUCAUAAAAUGUACAUUUAAACAUUAAAUACAUUAAAAGUAUAGAGCAGACAUAGAAUUGUUUCACCUCACUCUAGUGUAUCAAGUAAAAAAGCAAUAUUUCAACAACAAAACAAAAUCUAAGUUUAGGCUUGACAGAUGUAGACCAUUACUUGUUUUUGUCUGUGUAGUUUUAUGUAUUUUGUACAUCUAUCAUAAUGCCGUAAAAGGAAUAAUUUCCUCAUGUCUGAAGGGACAGCAAUGCGACUUAAUCCCUAGGACUUCAUAUUUGUAAAAUUAUGAUAAAAUUAUAUGUUUCAUUGUUUUGUCUUGACUGUGUACUAUAACUGCACUGAUAUUUAAAAUUAUUAUUAGCAGCAUGUUGAGAAUGUAAUCCUGUCUUUUCCCUGAAACCUGUAUUCAUAAACUAUAUUAAGCAUGAUUGGAUUAGCUGGGGUCAAACUAAUGAGGAGCUCUCAUUACAAAAUGAAAAUUUGUAUUUUCAUCCAAAUAAAACACUAGUAUA